AUGGCCGAAACAUUCAACGGACAAGUGCUUAUGGACCAACCCGCCGGGACAGGCAACCGCCCUUACGCUGCCGAAUCUUGGCUUGAACCAUGGCUCAUUAAGCAUUCGGAAUUUUAUCGCAAGCACUUUACCCGUGACGGACGUCGGGAGAGCAAGUCUACCAGACGCCACAGCGUCGUCGCUGAAGGACUAGAGUCCAGAAAAAAUUCGGUUGCAGCUCCUGAAGCUGAGGCCGCUGCUACCACCACCCCAGAGACCGAAGGCACAUCCGCCACCCCGGCUCCCGUUGAGCAACCAAGAGAGAGCGUCGACGCCGCGACUGCUGCUGAGGCUGUGGCCAAGAAGGACAAGUUCGGUUCCUUGCGCCGGAGCGUUGGCUGGUUUCCACACCCAUGA